GGUGGUAAAACUAUACAGCUACUAAUUUAUAUACUCCUAUUUAUCUUUGCUAUUUAUUUUGACUAUUCAUACCAAAUAACGAACUGGUAUUAGGCUAUUAGCACCUUCAGAUAUUAUUUCCUGGUUAUUGUUUGGUAUUCUUUCUCUGAAAGAAGAACUCUACUUACGUAAUUCGUCUACCUCCUUACCAAUUUUCUUCUUCAGUAUCUGUCUGAAACGGUUUUGAAGAGGUAGGUCAUAAAUUACCUAAUUUAUGAUCCAACCCACACAUUUAUUGGUUUUAUUUAUAACACAACAUUUUCUCAUAAAGUAGCCAAUAAUAUAUGAUUUUAAAUUUAAACCCAACUAAAUGUUAGUAGGUAGUGUGUGGGCUCAACAACAGAGUGAUUUUUAAUACCCUUGACUAUAGCAUUUGUACUAUAUUUAUUUUCUUAAUGCGUUUUUGUAAUUAUUGUUUCAAUCCAUUUACUUUGAUCUUUAAUGUCUUAAUUGGUACCUUUUACUAGUUUUACUAUUAUCAUGAUGACCAAGUUUUCACUUUCGAAAUGGGACACAGAUCGGCUUAGAUGACAUGCACAAGUAAAGUUAUUGUAGCUUUGAAUAUCUUCCAACUCAUAAUGGGAUGUUUGGUGAAACAUGCACAAACACAACAUAAAAGCGUUACAUUUAGGCCCAUUGUAAAUAAAGUACGAUUAUUGCAAUGUUUUCUUUAUACUACCAUGUCAGACUGCAUAUCAUUUGAAUACAAUUACAUCACACCUAUUGAUAUUAUUUAAAAAAAAAAACAUAAAGUUGGAGCAUGUAUAAAAAUAUUAAGAUUUUUAGUGAGUCAAAAGUAUUAACUAGAGAUUAAAUAGCAGAAAAAGAGAGGAUAAUUAGCCCCAACAAUGCAUUCUUUUCAGUUUAGCAUAAAAAACAAUGCAUUAUUUUCUUGUUAAGGUGUAACAACAACUAAUGGGCCUCUAUCAGUUCCGCCUGUGCACAUUAGAUUUUAAAUGUCCUUUUGUGCAAGAAGGCAAGCAACGGUCGCAUAGAUUCCAACUGUUAUAUUAAGGCCGAUGAGCUAAAUGGCAUACAUCUUAAAUGGCCCAUUAGAGAGGAGAUAGAGAGGACUCAGACUGCGAGAGGUAAAUGACAAAAAGAAUGGGAUAAAGAGAGUUGUGUCAGAGCUUGACCAGAUUAGACUGGUCGGUACACAGAGAAAGGACGGCUCUGAACCAGUAGACAGACACGUCUUCACACACACACACUUCUCACAUGUCUCUUUCUAAAACGUUCGUUGUUUACGGUGUGAAGAUAUAAUUUUGCAUGCCUCUUAAUUCCUACUCUCCAUAUCCAUUCUUUAUCCGACAAGCUUAGCUUGAAUCUGUCUCUUCACAAAACGGAUCUCUUCUGUUUCUUUUGACCAUUUUAGCCCCUAGUUUACAGUUAUAACUCUCUUCUUUCGUUUGGGACAAGCCCACAUCUGUCAUCAUACUCUCUCUCUCACCAUAUGUAUUAUUCCGGAAGAGCAUGUUUAGUCAGACAGAAUUCAUACGAUUAUUAUGUCUUCGUGGUAUCUUUUCACAUGGCCUUAAACCGCAUAAGAUCAUUAUACGUAAAGCUGAAUGAUCAAGUUGAUUUAGGUUAAAUAAUACAUUAUCGUAAACUGCUAAUUUGACUUGAGACUAAACGCAUGAUUUUCGUACAGGUGCUGUGGUAAUUUGUAGCACAUCUAAUCACGCCAUCAAAUGUCUUAGGUCCAUAUGCUAAUUUUUACAAUAAUACUAAUCUCAAAUGAGUAAACUGGCUAUAAGCGCCUAACAAUACAACGGUUGAACUUAUUGGGAACUGCAUUACAUUGAUAGCUAAGCUCCGUCUCCUACAUUUUUGCCUGUUGUUGCCUAGUGCCUACUCUCUUCAGCUUGCUCUUCCCAUGCACACGUUUUUACUAAUUUUUUAUAUAAUUUCAGUCAAAUAUGUAAUCUUGUUUUUCCCCUUUUAAUUUACUUUUAAAUCCAUUUAUUUUUUUUUGAAAACUAUUGCAAUACUAACUCCUUUGUUAAUAAAGCAUUAAAAUUUUAACAUUUAGUUAGAAAAAUGGAGUCAGCAACUGAUUCAUGCAAUUUCCACAAUGCGUUUCUGAUACCGCUCUGAUUUACAAUCAGCACUUGAGCCUAAACUUUAAAAUUAUUUAGACAUGCCAACAAUGUGACAGAAUUAUGGAUGUAGAUUUGAGAUUUGUGGUUUUUCUUUUGGUUCAUAUGAUAAAUUUAAAAAACAUAAAAUGUUGAAAGAAGAGCCACCUACGUAGCAUGAAGUAAAGAGAGAGAGAGAGAGAAAGUCUUAAGGAGAAAGAAACAGAGCAUCUCUUUCUCUGUCUAUGUUCACAAUAAACCCAACACAACUCUGUCAAAAAGCUUCACACUCUCUUCUCCUUCCCCACCUCUUUGCUCCCUCUCUCUCUCUCUCCCUUCUCCAUAAAAAGAGCAUCACUCUCUCAGAAAGUUCAAACAUUUAACACACUCAAAGCUUUGAAAAUAUCUUUUUUUCUUUCAAACAUGCCUUCUGAUCUCAACGACUCACGUCGAGUAACUACUAAACUUCCUCACGGAGGAGCUGCGGCGGAGCAGCAAGAGCAGCUCCCUUGUCCUCGCUGUGAAUCAACCAACACAAAGUUCUGCUACUACAACAACUACAACUUCUCGCAGCCUCGCCAUUUCUGCAAGUCUUGUCGCCGUUACUGGACUCAUGGUGGUACUCUCCGCGACAUUCCCGUCGGUGGCGUUUCCCGCAAAACCUCUAAACGCUCUCGAGCUUUCUCCUCCGUCGCCGCCGCCGGAAGCAGGAAUUUCCCGUUACAAGCGACGCCUGUUCUUUUCCCUCCGUCUUCCUACGGUGGCGGGAAGGGAAACACGUCGUCGCUCUACGGUGGUUUCACCACUUUACUCGGCAACAACGCCGCCGCGAGCAGAGAUGGGCCUGGUGGUGGUUUUAAUGGGCCGGAAGGGUUUGGACUUGGGCUUGGUCAUGGGUUGUAUUUAGAUGAGGUCAGGUUUGGGCAAGGGAUAACGGCCUGGCCGUUUUCCACUGGAGCCACUGAUGCUGCUACAAGCCAUGUGGUUCCAAUACACGCGACUUGGCAGUUGGAAGGUACUGAGAGCAGAGUCGGGUUCGUGGCUGGAGACUACUUAGCAUGAGACUCACACAUUCAGCUUCUUCUUCUUAGCUUUUAGUUCCUACUCUUAACUUUCAGAUUAGUGAUCUCUAAGUAGUAUGUCUGGUUUUUUUUUUUUGGUUUUCAAAUUAAAUCAUCUAUGAUGUUAAUGAGGGUUUUCUAGGAGGCAUUGCUCUAGCAGAUUCGCAUCUCUCUAUAUUUUUCUCCGUAAAAGUAAAUGAACUUUGAAAACAUUAGGGAGAGGCAAAGUGUUACAUAUUUACACACGAAAUGCAUGCAGGAGAAAACAUAGUGUUGACUGGAGUUAGGCUGCAACCAGUAGCAUCAAGUG